AUGAGAUCUUCUCUCACCUUUAAAAACACCUCGUUGCUUGAUCCGGUCUUGGAUCAAGUAGAUCUCCAUCACUGUUGGAAUAUCUGUCUUCCGAGACAAUACACUUCAGUUGCAAGAAUUGCUCGUAAAAUUGCGAAUGAUGUCUCUUUUUCAAUUUCUUACCUCUGUCAAACGGUUCAAAGAUGGAGAUAUGCUGAUCUGUCUAGCCGGAGUGGGCUUAAGUCUCAUUGCUUUGGACCUGACAAGAUCAUAAGGUUUUUCACCGAGAAUGGUUCGGUUCCCGGGAUUACAAAUCCAGUGAUGUUUCGUCAGUAUGCGCAGUCUGGGUGUUUGAUUCCCUAUAGAGAUCUGGGUCCUGAAGGUCAAUUCAAAAUAUCAAAAUAUCGCCUUGUGACUGUUGCUCAAUUUUCUCUCAGUGGUCAUUCUCAUGGCACGGAAUGCCCCAUUCAACCCAAUUGUAAGCCAUUGUGUUUGUCUUUGUUUUUAUGGAAAAGCUUAUAG